CAGAUACUAUUAUUUAUCUUUACAUACUCAAUAUUUGGAAGCAAUUAAUACUAAUGACCAAUUUGAAAUUAGUUUAAUGAUAUUUAUUAGAAUUUGGAAAAAAUUUUUACCAAGUAUCAAAAAAUUAACUCCACAUAGUGAUUUAUGUUUAAAAUAUAAAGAUAUAAGACUUAAUGCAAAUUAUUUGUCAAUUGAAGAAAAAGAAACUAAAGUUUUAGAAUAG